AUGAGGUCCAUCUUCAGCGGAAUCCAGAAGCUUGUGUCAAGCCAGUCGCCGGAGCCCGAUACGCCUCUGCCAGAACAGUCUUCUCCGACGACACAGCCAUCUCCGACUGACGAAGAACGGGUCCCCAGACCACAGGGUUUUGAGGCGACGGAACCCAACAAUCAGUUGGUUCCGUAUUCGGCCAUUCUUCUUGAAACCGAGAACCAAGAGAUCGAGUCGCUUCCGAUUCCCAAAUCUCCAAUGGCUGUUGAUGGAGACUGCGACUCUUCGGCUAACCCCCAAAGAUCUCAGCCGACUGAACCUUGCAAUCCGAUCCCCGAUCUGCUGAUUGAAGAAAUCUCCGAUGGUUCCGAGUCGGUUCAAGUGACCGGAACUACAGGGCCGUCUGUCUCGUCUCGGGUACUGAAGCGUGCGCAGACGAGUGCGAUGCCGUCUGAGCAGAAGAAUCGACGUUCGUCCGCACGAGGAAAAGGACCAGUUGUGAAAGACGAACAUUCGGUGGAAUUCGAUCAAACUCGGUUCGGAUCUGUCAUCGCAUUUCAGAGGUAUGGUUCUUUUACUUCUCGGAAAUUGCAUGCUGAGGUGAAUAUCACUUUUGGUGAGAUUGAUGAGGUCAGGGAACUGAUAAAUGCUGCGGGUCUGCUUAGAACUGUAUCUGAGAGUAAGCCUUUUGAUCCCCAAGUUGUGUAUGAGUUUUGGGCGAAUUUGCCAACUGUUGAGCCAGAGACAGACUCCGCAGAUGUGCUGGUCCGGAAUUGGGUGUAUGAGUUUAGUCCUGACAGGAUUAAUGCGUUGUUUGGACUUCCGGCUGUGGAUGAGCGCACAGAACAACGGCAUAUGGCUGAAGUGAUUACCUCAGACAUAGCUCUCUUUGUGUAUGGAGGUAAAGCCAAGGUCUUCAAGCAGUUCCAAUUGUCUAAGGUUGAGGACAACAACACUAAAGAUCUUCUCAAGAUCUAUUGUACCAACUGGCUGCCUCCAACCAAUGAUGGGUAUGUCACUCCUGACAGAGCCAAACUGGUCUACAAGGUGAUGCAUCAGAAGCCCUGA